AUGAGAGAUCCCACUGCAGACAUGGACGAAACCCCUCAGCAACCCGCGACAAAUGGGUCGACCGAACCCCGCCGCAACAAAUCAGUUCGAGUCGCUUUUGGCCCCGACCUGGAAACCACCAUUCCCGCACGCGAGCGAUCGCCAGCUCCAUUGAGUAGCCAUCACCGUUCCUUUACAACCGUUGAGCACAAGCCGCCGUCACUAGCUCUACCGUCCGCUCGUCCUACGAGUUCCGCCGGAGAGAAUGCAGCGAUAGGGCCGAGCUCACCACCACGGCGUCCGUCUCCCCGGAGAUCGGAGAGCAGUCGGCCAGCCAUGCUCAAGAGAGCCAAGAGUGACUAUGGCCCGAGCCGCGUCACCUUCGAGCACCCAAUCGUAGGAGACGACGAGGAGGACUUUGCCAUGCGGCAUGGAUGGCAGGAAGAAUACACUUCCAGCGAGUAUCUCAAGAUUCUGCACUCGAACUUCUACAUGUAUUUCACGGAGAAGCGUCACGAGACCAAUGGUAUCCCCAGAGACCCCGUCGGCAGCUGGCCAAGUCAGGACUGGCGUAUGAAAGAUCGGUUGAAGACCGUGUCAGCUGCGCUGGCUAUCUGUUUGAAUAUCGGUGUCGAUCCCCCCGACGUCGUCAAGACAAACCCGACCUCCAAGUUGGAAUGUUGGGUGGAUCCCACCUCGACCACGGGCGGGGGUCAGAAUAAGAUUAUGGAGCAGAUCGGCAAGAAGCUUCAGGAGCAGUAUGAGACCCUCAGUCUUCGGACACGAUACAAGCAGUAUCUGGACCCAUCGGUGGACGAAACUAAGAAGUUCUGCAUUUCGUUGCGUCGCAAUGCCAAGGAUGAGCGAGUUCUCCUGCACUACAAUGGCCACGGAGUUCCUUUACCAACACAGUCUGGCGAGAUCUGGGUCUUCAACAAGAAUUACACCCAGUACAUUCCUGUCCCGCUUUAUGAUCUGCAGUCCUGGCUAGCCGGUCCCAGUCUCUUCGUGUUUGACGUAUCACAUGCGGGCAACAUCGUCCAGAAUUUCCAUACGUUUGUCGAGAAGCAUGAGAAGGAGAAUAUCGAGGCCAAAAAGAGAGAUCCCAACGCUGUCGUCCAGAACUACGGCGACUGCAUUCUUCUAGCGGCAUGCCAGAAGAACGAGUCACUCCCGACCAACCCCGAUCUACCAGCCGAUCUAUUCACCUGCUGUCUCACAACCCCAAUUGAAAUUGCGCUGCGAUUCUUCAUCUUGCAGAACCCCCUCCGUACUGAUUUCACGAUCGAAGAUUUCAGAGUACCGGGGCGCCUGCAGGAUCGACGAAGUCCUCUUGGAGAGCUCAACUGGAUCUUCACUGCCAUCACCGAUACCAUUGCAUGGAACACCCUUCCUCGCGCGCUGUUCAAGAAGCUUUUCCGACAAGACCUGAUGGUCGCCGCCCUCUUCCGCAACUUCCUCCUCAGCGAGCGCAUCAUGCGCACGUACAAAUGCCACCCAAUAUCUUCUCCCGAACUCCCUGAAACCCACCAUCAUCCACUCUGGAAGAGCUGGGACCUCGCCGUCGAGAUGGUGCUCUCACAGCUUCCUGCACUGAUCGACCAUGAGGAAGGCCGCAGGCAGUAUGAGUACCAGCAUUCGACAUUUUUCGCUGAGCAACUCACUGCCUUUGAGGUUUAUCUCUCAUCGGGACCUACGGAGAAGAAUCCCCCAGAUCAACUCCCCAUCGUACUUCAAGUACUUCUCAGUCAGGCACAUCGACUGCGCGCUUUGAUCCUGCUGAGCAAGUUUCUGGACUUGGGUCCGUGGGCCGUGCACCUUGCGCUCAGCAUUGGUAUCUUCCCUUAUGUCGUCAAGCUGCUGCAGUCAGCUGCCCAGGAAUUGAAACCUGUCAUGGUCUUCAUUUGGGCAAGGAUCAUGGCCGUCGACCAUACAGUCCAGAACGAUCUCCUCAAGGACAACGGGAUCCAUUACUUCAUCUCGAUUCUAAACCCAUCCUCCCCCAUCCCGGUUGGAAAUGCUAGCGAACACCGAGCUAUGUGUGCGUUUAUCGUCUCGAUCUUCUGCAAAAACUAUCCUCAAGGUCAAAAUGUUUGUCUAUCAGGGGAGUUGUUUGACUCGUGCUUGAGACACCUUGGAGAUGUGGAGAAUCCGCUGCUGCGGCAAUGGUCUUGCCUCUGUCUUAGUAUGCUUUGGUGUGAUUUCCCGGAAGCGAAGUGGAUGGGUAUUCGAUGCGCAGCACCCGCGAGACUCUGUGAACUCAAUUUCGAUCCGGUCCCUGAGGUUCGUGCAGCGAUGCUGCAUGCAGUGACCACCUUCCUUGGUAUUCCAGACUUGACAGACCAGGUUGCACAAAUAGAAGAGUCGCUGGCUAUGGCGGUGCUGCCCAUGUCAGCUGAUGGCAGUGUGCUCGUACGCAAGGAGCUUCUUGUUUUCUUCUCGACCUUUGUCAAACGCCAUCAGAACAAGUUCCUGGUAGCGGCAUACGAGGAGCUUCAGGACGAAAAAAGGUCCCUGCUCCACCGUCUUCAAAGCGAGACGUCUCAAACAAGCCGUCUCGAGGCCAAGAAGGGCGACCUGGUCGCUGAAACGAAGACCCCUCAGCUGUCCCGCAACACCACAUUCGGAACAAUUUGGAAGCAGGUCUUGAUUCUUUCUGUGGACCCUCACCCAGAUAUCGCCCAGGAUGCCGGCGUCAUCGUUGAUUUCAUCCAUCUUUCUCUUCUGGAGUCCCCCAUGGCAGCUCUCGCUGACAGAAUCAGGAUUGAAAUAUUAGAAUUCACAUAUCGUAUGUCGCAGCGAUUGCAGGUUCACGAGCGGUCAGAGGCAAAGAAAACAGUCCCUCCUUCAAUCCCGCAGUCGCCGACGACGACACCUCCCAAACAAGAUAGCUAUCUUACUUUGGGCUUCAAACGUACUGCGAGCGUUGCCGCUUCUCUCAAGAACCUUGCCUUUGGAGGAUCUGCAGGUGAUGAAUCAGAAGGCUCUGCUCCUCAGUCUCCCUCAACAAGUCGGAUGCCCAUCACUCCCCGUGGUCGUGCUCCCCCGGAAUGGACCCGACCCCCCGAAGUCAACGAUAGCGUCGCCCCUGCAACUUCAUAUCACCGAAAUCCCGCCCCCGCAUCCCGCGGUUUCGUCCCCAGGGACCCGGAAGAGGCACCGUUCAUCCCCUUGAGAAGCCGUUUCCUGGACUGGUCAACAGAGUAUUUCCGGGAACCGCAGAUGAAACCGAAUGAGCCCGACGAGCCCGGCAGUUCCGAUUACAACGAGCGACUCUGGCGCCGCAGCCGUAACGAAAAGAUCAUUGCGGAAACCCAGCCGCUUAAGGUUAAGGCGGGAACAAGCCGAUGGGAUAACUCCAUGACUCUGCUCUCCAAUCAGAGUCAACCCCUGAAAAUGUGCUUCCACCAAUUUGAGGACCACAUUGCUGUUGCAGAUGAUCGCGAUACCAUUGCAAUCUGGGACUGGCAGAGCCACAAGCGCUUGAACCAGUUCUCGAACGGAAACCCCGUUGGAUCGAAGAUUAACGAAGUCCGAUACAUCAAUGAAGACGACCAGGCUCUUUUGUUGACUGGGUCUUCCGACGGUGUGCUCAAGCUCUUCCGCAACUACGAAUCUGCACGGAAUAUCGAGGUCGUCACGGCCUUCCGGGCUCUACCUGAGCUGAUCCCAAGUAAUCGAAAUGCGGGACUUGUUCUUGACUGGCAACAAGGCCAAGGGAAAGCUCUCGUCGCGGGUGACGUGAAGGUGAUUCGUGUGUGGAACGCAGCUACUGAAGUCUGCACUAAUGAUAUACCCGCACGAUCCGGAUCUUGCAUUACGUCCUUGACAUCGGAUCAGGUAGCUGGCAACAUUUUCGUUGCAGGCUUUGGUGACGGUGCCGUCCGUGUCUUCGAUCAGCGCCUCAAGCCGACCACAUCCAUGGUCAAGGUUUGGCGUGAACACAAGCAGUGGAUCACCAACGUCCACAUGCAGCGUGGUGGCUUCAGAGAGCUUAUAUCGGGUAGCCGCAACGGCGAAAUUCGACUGUGGGACCUCCGUAUGGAUAGCGCUCUCUCGACUAUCUACACCACCAAGGACACUCUUCGAACCUUGAGUGUGCAUGAACAUGCCCCUGUCUUCAGCAUGGGCACAAACCGCCACGAAGUUAAGACGUUCAACGUCGAUGGCACCUACCUCUCUACCUUCGAGCCCUACUCGAGCUUCCUGCACCACAACCGCUCCUCUCCCAUCGUCAGCACCGCUUUCCAUCCUCACCGCACCAUGCUUGCCUGCGCCGCCUUGAACGACAACCACAUCAAUCUCGUGUCCUGCUAG